GAAGGGGAAGCUCCAGAUAGCCCAGAAUAAGCUGAUCAGGGGAGUGUUGAAUGUGAGUCCACGUACUCACUUAGGCAGGAGCUGCUUUCAGGAACUAAACUGGCUGCCUGUUGAGGCUAGGGUUUCCCAGAUUAGACUUGGUUUGGUUUACAGAAGUAUUUAUGGUCCUGGGCCCAGAUAUCUAAGUGACUAUUUUCCUCGUGGAUGCACACCAGAUCAGGUGUUGCUGAUGUGUGCUUAUACAGGUUCAGGAGUAAUGCUGGGAAAGGUACUUUCUUGUAUACUGGAGCCUCAGAAUGGAAUGAGUUGCCUCUGCCUAUAAAUACAACGUAUUUCUGGACAGCUUUAUGAACAAAGUAAAAAUAUGUUUGAUGUCCUCUGUGCCCAUAUGAAUAACCCCUAUGAUGUAACUGGAAUGAUGAGAUAGAUGUUCUUCUUCUCUGUUUUUGUUUGAUGAUUUCACCGUGUUGGAUCUUGUCUAGUCAUCUUGUCUCAAGAGGAACACAAUGGAAACAAGUCCCAGACUGUAUAGUGUGUUAUCCUCCAUGAUUUAACGAUGGAAAUAAGUCCAAUAAUGUAUUGUCUGUUAUCCUCCAUGAUUUUACUCAUGUGCAUGUAUGGCUUUUUCAAGUUUUAUGUGUACUUGUUUUUUAAAAUGGUCAAAUUGAUAAACUAAACUAAAACUUUCUGUAAAACGUUCCUCUCCUCCUCUCCCGCCCUCCCCUCCAUUCCUUUCCUCCUCCCCUCCUCUCCUCUUCUCCUCCUCUCCUCUCCUUCUCCAGCUUUGUUUCCCUUCACUGGUCCUAUCUUGGAGAAGAUGAAGUUUUCUUUCUUCCCGACUGCGGUGACAGACUUCUUUUACGCCUCGCUGGCUAAGAUCAAAUCUGGACGUGACACUGGGAACUCAACUAAUCGGGUGGAUUUCUUACAGCUGAUGAUCGACUCUCAGAAAGGCAACGACACAAAGACAGGAGAGGAACAGACUAAAGGACUGACUGAUCAUGAGAUCUUGUCUCAGGCCAUGAUCUUCAUCUUCGCCGGCUACGAGACCAGCAGCAGUACUAUGAGUUUCCUGGCCUAUAACCUGGCAACCAAUCCCCAUGUCAUGACCAAACUGCAGGGGGAGAUAGAUACUGUGUUCCCCAACAAGGUAACCCCCACACCAUGACCAAACUGCAGGAGG